CGGGUGAGCUAUAGAGAUGGCAUUUUCCCAUACCAUACAUGUGACCCUGUCACUGGCCAUGUGUCUGAGUGUGGCAGGUGCUGUGAAGCCCGGAUUUGUGGUGAGGCUCACUCAAAAGGGACUGGAUUAUGCACGCCAAGAGGGAAUGGGCGUUCUGCAGAAGGAGCUUGCAAAGGUCCAUAUUCCGGAUUUUUCAGGAUCAGCACACAGUCCUGUGGGAAAGAUCAAGUACAGUUUCUAUGGCAUGGCUAUCCGUAACUUCCAGUUACCCACCUCACAGAUCAGUCCCGUGCCCAAUGUUGGUCUGAAGUUGUCAAUCUCUGGAGCUUUCAUUGAGAUCAGUGGGAAGUGGAGAGUCAAGGCAAAGCUUCAUAUAUCGUUCAGCGGUGGAUUUGAUGUGAAGAUGCAAGGACUCAGCAUAUCUGUAGGACUGCAACUGGGCAGCGAUGGGGAAGGCAGACCAACUAUAGCUCCCUCUGAUUGUAGCUGCCAUAUCUCGGGUGUCAGUGUCCAUGUAUCAGGGAAGUUCGGCUGGCUGGUCGAUCUUUUCAAACACAAUGUUGAAAACGCAUUAAGAAAGGCUAUAGAGGGUCAGAUCUGCCCAUUGGUCAAAAAUGCCAUUACCAGUAAACUGGAACCAAUUUUACAAACCCUUCCAGUGACAGCGAAGAUUGACAAGGUAGCUGCCAUCGAUUAUUCUCUCACUGGUCCUCCACCUGUGACUUCAGAUUGUGUGGAUGUUCAACUUAAGGGGGAAUUUUUUGAAAUGUCCCAUCGUACCCCUCCACCUUUCUCACCGCCAUCCCUGUCCUUACCUUCUGAGCACAACCUCAUGAUUUACUUCGGAAUCUCUGAUUAUCUGUUUAACACGGCCGGCUUUGUCUAUCAUUCAGCUGGGAAACUCAUCUUCAAUGUCACUGACAACAUGAUUCCUAAAGACUUCAGCAUUCGCCUAAACACUUCUUCAUUUGGCACGCUAAUACCUCAGUUAUCCAAGAUGUACCCAGAUAUGCUCAUGAAACUGAAGAUUUCAUCUAACUCCGCUCCAUUUCUAGACAUCAAACCAGGAAAUGUGACUAUUUCCCCAAACAUGGACAUUCAGGCCUAUGUGAUCUUACCCAACGCCUCUCUGGCUCCAGCAUUCCUACUCAACGUGACAACCACCGCUCUAGCGAAGGUGGCGGUGAGUUCAGGAAGGAUUGUGGGUAAUCUGGAACUAAGUAGGAUACAGAUGGACCUCAAACACUCUGAUGUGGGUCCUUUCUCUGUGGUGAUAUUGGAUGCUGCUGUGAACUAUUAUCUCUCCCAUAUACUGCUUCCCCAGGUUAAUGACAUCCUGAAGAAGGGUUACCCCCUGCCAAUGCUGGACCAUCUGCAGCUCACAGAUGUUGUCGUAGAACCUCGUGAGAAUUUCAUUCUCUUUGGAGCAGAUGUUCACUACGGAGAAACAGAAGACAACUGGCUUGUUGAUUUAUACUGACAGAGAAGUUGGUGUCAGGGUUG